CCACGGCUUCCCGUUAUCGCAGCGUUUCAUCCUCCUUGAUGAGCAAUUAUCCGGUACUGGACACAGCCACAGGGUGAAUGAAAAGGAAGGCUAACGUUUCUUUAGAGAUGAGGAGAACAACGCAAGCCGUUUGAAGGUUUGGGAGACUAACCCAGCGGGGUUUGUCGGGAAGAUUAAUCCUUGAUCUGGAGGAGAGAAGGACGACUGCUCGAGCCGAGCAUCAUCUGAAGCGAGCCACCAUCAUCGUAACAGCCUCCUCAAAGACAACGCGCGAAAAACAAGGAAUAUAUUUGAAGAAUUUAGAUAAAUAGCUUUUUAUAACCGCGAAGCUUACGGUUAACUCUUUUGAAAUAAUUAUUUGAGGUUGAAAUAAUCGUUACGCAUCACUUACGUGAUCCCCACGAGGCGAAUAGACAGCGCUGUGAUAACGCAGGCGUUUACUUGCUAUUUUUAUUAUAGUAAUACUGAGGUCUGACGAUACCUUAAUGUGUUUUAGUAUUAUUUUAGAUUUGUCCGUUUAAUAUUUUGACUAUAAAUGAAACUGAACAGUAACCUUGCUCAUCAUUGAUGGUAAAGACUACAUCUCAGCUUGGCCUUAAUAAAAAUAAGACCAUAUUAUUAUCUUACAUUGAGGUUGAGAAUCCAUUUUAAGGGCCUCAUCUUUAAGGAGUUUAGGUGGACGCUUUGGAACAAGUCGACGCGUCUCUUUAUACGGAAUAAGGGCGUUUGAUUCUUUAAGUUCACCGCGACAGAAGAAAAAUGUCCGGCCAGACUUUGACGGACCGCAUCGCCGCGGCACAGUACAGCCUCACGGGAUCCGAGGUGGCCCGUGCCGUGUGUAAAGCGACUACUCAUGAGGUGAUGGCUCCCAAAAAGAAACAUCUCGAAUACUUGAUCCAGGCAACCCAGGAGUCCAAUGUCAAUAUUCCUCAGAUGGCAGAUACCCUCUUUGAGAGAGCGGGAAAUGCCAGCUGGAUUGUUGUCUUCAAGGCUUUGAUCACCACUCACCACCUGAUGGUCAAUGGCAAUGAGAGAUUCAUCCAGUUCUUGGCCUCCAGGAACACCCUUUUCAAUCUUAGUAAUUUUUUGGACAAAACUGGCUCCCAUGGUUAUGACAUGUCAACAUUUAUUAGGCGAUACAGCAGGUACCUGAACGAGAAGGCUUUUGCCUAUAGACAGAUGGCUUUCGACUUUGGCCGAGUGAAGAAAGGUGCUGAUGGUGUGAUGAGAACAAUGUCUACAGACAAGCUGUUGAAAGGCAUGCCCACACUGCAGAGUCAGAUCGAUGCUCUGCUGGAGUUUGAUGUUCAUCCAAAAGAUCUUGUCAACGGAGUAAUCAACUCUGCCUUCCUGUUGCUCUUCAAAGAUCUGAUCAAGUUGUAUGCCUGCUACAAUGACGGGAUCAUUAAUCUCUUAGAGAAAUUUUUCCAGAUGAAAAAAGGGCAAUGCAAAGACGCAUUGGAAAUUUACAAAAGAUUCUUGACAAGAAUGACCAGGGUCUCAGAGUUCCUUAAAAUUGCUGAGCAAGUUGGAAUCGACAAAAAUGAUAUACCCGAACUUACCCAGGCCCCUGAGAGUCUGCUGGAAUCUCUGGAGACACAUCUCAACACACUAGAGGGGAGAAAAGUGUCACCGACUAAGAAGGGAUCUCCAACAAAUAAUGGAACACCUGGUGGUACACCUGCAAAAAUCGCAGAACCCACCGCUGAAGCAGCUGCAGUUACUGAGACCACCGCAGCUGAGCCUGCUAAAGCUGCACCGACUACAACCACCACCAAUAGUGGCUUCAGUAAUCUUGUAGAUUUCGAUCUGUUGGCACCAAGUGCAGGGGCUUCAGCGGCUCCCACAGCAUCAUGGGGAGAUCUACUUGGUGAGGACUCACUGGCUGCUCCUGCCGCUAGCUCUGAAGCACCCCUCUCUGAGGCUGACUCUGCAUCCGCAGUUCCCCCAGCCUCUGCUGCCGCAGCUACCGAACCAGCAGCUGAUGCCAACCCUGCUCCAGCCGCUACCUCGCUGCCAGUGCCUGCCCCUACUUCCACUGUCUCAGACAUGGACCUGUUUGGAGACGCAUUUGCCCCCUUCCCAGGCGAUGGUCUGAGCGAGGGUAUGGCCCCAGCAGCUGCUGCCGAUGCAUGUGCCGGAUCUGACCCCUGGGCCCCAUCAGAGGGGAGUUCGAGCAUUGCUCCAGAGCUGGACCUCUUUGCCAUGAAGCCGGUAGAGAGUGUCACUGCUGCAGUGUCCCCUACCAGCGCUGAGCCGAGCAUCUCACCAACAGCAGCUCCUGCUGCCCCCUCUCCUCCCUCCUCCACCACUACCACCACUACCACAUCCUCUACAAUUGAGCCUGCAGCCCCGCCAACACUAGACCUGUUUAGUGAUAUGUUUGAUUCUAUGCCUGAGCAAAGCUCCUCCACAGAGCCCAAAGCAACCACUCCUAGCGUAGACCUUUUUGGUGCAGAUCUUCCUGCUGUCUCUUGUGGACCCUCACCUUUUCCCGAGGCCAGUGUGACUGGUGACCUCUUGUCUGAUGCAUUUGUGGCUCCAGCUAUUGCUCCAGUGGCUGCUACACCUGCUGCUCCUGUCUCCCCUCCUAAACCCGAACCUGGACUUGUGCUAGAUCUUCUUGACACAUUUGGGGACACCACUGGGGAUACCCAGUCCGCUGCUCCUGGAGCACCAUCGUGUGACCUACUUGGGGGGUUGAUUUCACCAGUUGCCCCCACGGUUACACCAACUCCAGCACCAGUGCCAGCUUCAGCCCCUGCUGACCUGCUGGAUUCAGAUUUUGAUGCCUUCGGCUCUACACUGGUAUCUGCAACACCAGCAGCAUCAGACAGUGCCCCUGCCACUGCGGCACCCUCUGGUGGCUUUGAUGCUUCAGUGUUUGAUGGAUUAGGAGACCUUCUAAUGCCAUCCAUAACGCCUCAGAGUACAGGCGGGACCCCUAUGGCUCCAACGACACCAGUGGCAUCUGGAAUUGUGCCUGCUGCUGGGCCAUCCAUGGCACCAGCAAUGGUACCAGCGAUGGCACCAACAAUGGCACCAGCAGGAGCUGCCCAACCAGCCAAACCUAUUGGAGGAGACUUAGACUCUUCACUCGCUGAUCUGGUUGGAAAUUUGGGGAUGGGAAGCCAAAAGAAGGAAAACCAGUGGAAUGAGAAGAAGCUGACAGGAGGUGCUAACUGGACCCCUCAGGUAGCUCCCACUAGCUGGGGCACACCCGGUGCUCAGAUGCCUGGCUCCGCCCCUGGAACCUCAGGAGCUGCCGCCCCACCAGGAGCCAUGGCACCAGCAAUGGGAGCACAGCCAGGCUUUGGCAUGCCCCCAGCAGCAGGUGUUGGAGCUCCCAUGAUGCCCCAGCCUAUGCUGAUGGGUCAACCCAUGAUGAGACCCCCAUUUACAGGGCCAGCAGCAUCAGGAACUCCUGGAGUACCAUUGUCUCCAGGGCCAGCUGUUCAGAGCCCCAAAAAGCCUCCCUCCAAGGACCCCCUUGCAGAUUUCAACAUCAAGGACUUCUUAUAAUCUCCCUGUAUUCUUUUCUCAGAGAUUGAGCUCCACUGAGAGAGGUCUGCUGUCUGUUUACACCCCCAGAUGCCUGAGGAACCCACAGCUAGAUCCACUGACCCUGCCCCAAACAUGAAUCCCACCCACUCUGCCCCACCCGCCUUCCUGUGUCAUGUUGUAGCAAAAAACUGUGAAGUUAAUCAUCAAAAAAAAGAAAGAAAAAAAAAACAAGCCAAGAAAUUAAGAUGUGCUUAUUUCGAUGUCAUACUUUGUUUAACGAAACAGAACAAAACUAUUUAAAAAAAACUAAAUGAAAAUGAAAGAUUAAAAAAGAUUGUGUAUGAAUGUAACAUUUUUCCAGUGUUUAAGUCUGAUAUGAAUGAUGACAGUAUGUGUGUUGAUCUCCUCAAAAUCACUUCUGGUACCUCUGGGACUGCCCUCUCGGGGUCAGAGGUGUGGCAACCUGCCCUGAACACGGUUGUUCCAGCGCUUUCUGUUUUAUGUUAGUUUUGGAACAGUGUGCAGUGUAUAUUAUCCUCAUUGAUGAAGCAAAGAUCUCCCCUCUUCUCUGAUCUUUAUGUGUGGACAGCUUAUUGAUGUGAACCUAGUAAUGAAAUUAUAAGAAGACAUGAUGUUGUCAUCUCCAAUCAUAGGCUGACAUGUUUGUUUACAAAUAUAAAUAAAUGAAAUAUAUAUAUUGAAUAUAUAUAUGGAACAGAUUAACAAAUAUGUUUAAAUUAAUAACAUAUCCAAUCUCCUCUUUCCUAGAUAAACCUCCUGAUGAUUACAUGCCAUUUUUGUAUUUUGAUUGAUUUGGUUUGUCAUAUAUAUAUAUAUAUAUAUAUAUAUAUAUAUAUAUAUAUAUAUAUAUAUAUAUAUAUAUAUAUAUAUUUUUUUUUUUUUUUUACUUUAGUUUAAUUCUUCCUAUGUAUUUUCAGUUCCCAGUUUACAUUCUCUUGCAUCUCUUUGGAUUUCCCCAAGCAAAUAACCUCUUUAUUUUUACUUUAAAUCCAGAUAAACACUUAAUCUCAACACUACUCUUCUCAGAUUAAGUAAUCUCUGAGAAAGGCCUUUUUCAGUCAUUUAAUGAUGUAACCAAUAUGUACAGCAACUUGUUAAACUGGUUAUCUGGAUGUUUCCGAAAACCUCAAGAUCUCACAGUUGUAGUCAGUGGAAUGCUGUUGAUGUUUGAGUCUCUUAUUUACUUGUGCUUGUAUGAAUUCCAAUUUGAAGCUGGUACAUGUAGUGUUAUUUUGUAUAACUGUACAAGAACCAUUCACAAGUUUGGUUUUCAGUCUUACCCUAAGAACCCCUACUACUCCUAGUUUGUUACACGUAACUGUAAAAUAAUGCUCUCUCUGUUGGUGAGUGGUGGUACUGUAGUUUGUACAGCAGAAUGGAGCGUGGAAGAGAUAUCUUGUAUGUAUGGAGUGUUGGGUUUCAUUCUGGAUAAUAUAGGGGCAUAGGUGCACAUGCUGGGUAUUAGCAGUGAUAGACUAUCAGAUCUUUGUAAUAGUUUUCAGAGGAGGUCACUGUUAAACAGUGUUACAGAAAGGUUUGAUUGACAGCUCUGUAGAACCUCUACAAUCUGUAACUCACUAUCCCAGAUAGAUCUCUGUAUUCUGUUGUCAUUGAAAUGACAAAGGCAGAUCUUUGGAUCACUCUUUUUGCAAUUCUCUUAAAAUAAAUUUAUUUUGAUUUAUGGAUUCAUAUUUGACACCCCUACAUAGUGCAUGUAAGCCCUUUGAGAUGCAAUAAACACACUGAUGGGAUGAAUUGCCAA